ACCUGGCUGUGCCGCUCCGUUCUCUCAGUGAAAAUGUACGCUGCGUUAGCUAGUAUCAACUGGAUGUUUAACGAAGGCCUGCUUCUACACACUAGGACGGCUGUAUGUGUCUUUCAACAAGACGCUCCCUUUAAACUGUAUUACUUCGUAGGCUGGGGAGAGCUAUCAAAGUUUCUUGUUAUUAUCAAAUUUUGUAGGAGAGCUAUCAAAGCAACAAUUCUGUUGUUUCCUUUACUCGGAAUCACUCACCUGUUGUUCUGUGUUAAUCCGCAAGAUGACGCCACCCUAGAAGAAGCUUACAUGAUCACAAACGCUGUCCUACAAUCUCUGCAGGGCAUUUUCUUGGCGGUACUCUAUUGCUUCAUGAACACGGAGGUACAAUCGGCUCUCCGAAACGCCUACCUUCGUGCUGCUGUUCGACGUAGCGCUACUACCAGGACGCGAGACCGAGGUUACUCCAAUACGUCGGCUACGUACUACGACUGCUCGGCCACCAGUAGUCCACGCUUCAAAGGGACCUCGGCAAAAGGGGUUCACAUCCACCUAUCUGACCUACCAAGCUCAAACGUCUUAGGUAAACAGUCUUGCCGUGUGUAAGGAUUGGCGUUUCCGAGAAUAUCCUCUCCUUCAUAAAUGUUUCGUCGUUUGAGUUCUAAAAAAGUAUCUUGUUUAAGUAUUUAGAAUCUUGAGAUGAAAGAACCCGAGAAUACACAGUAUUGACCCGAACAACAACCGGGUUUCU